GCUCAUCGGGCGCUACGACGAGGAGGUGGUCAAGGAGCUGAUGCCACUCGUGGUGGCGGUGCUGGAGAACCUGGACUCGGUGUUCGCGCAGGACCAGGAGCACCAGGUGGAGCUCGAGCUGCUGCGGGACGACAACGAGCAGCUCAUCACCCAGUACGAGCGGGAGAAGGCGCUGCGCAAGCACGCCGAGGAGAAAUUCAUUGAAUUUGAAGACUCUCAAGAACAGGAAAAAAAGGAUUUACAGACCCGAGUGGAAUCCCUAGAAUCUCAAACAAGACAACUUGAACUCAAAGCCAAAAACUAUGCUGACCAGAGCCUAUCAGCAGUCUGAUGGGGCAGAGGACAGCAGAGCUGGAAGGUGUUCCAAACUUGGCAAAGGCCAUCAGGCUGAGGAGUUAGCAGACUUGAAGAAAGAGAAGCAGAACUGAAGAAGGAGUAUAAUGCGCUACAUCAAAGACACACCGAGGUG